AUCAGAAGACAGUAAUGGAACACUUAUAGUUCUGUUUUAACCAUCAACAGUUGUCAUUUUUCUCUUUUUUUGCGGUUAAACAGUGAAGAUUUUGUACUAAGUGGUCUCUGGAAUGAUCAUCUCAAGUAAUCUCUCAACAAGGGCCAUAAGCGCAAGCAUAGUAGACCUGUUUUGUAGUUGGUGACUGACAAGAGUUUCUACUUUCUUUGUUAAACUCUAAAAGGUGGGAGAAGGUUGACUCUCUUAGUAAUCAAGAGUUGGAUAUCAUUGGUCAACAUAGUGCCUGUGUUGUGCUUUUGGUGAUGCCUUUCAUGCUUGUGGAUAUAGUGGGCAGAAAGCGCAGAUAAGCUCAUUGCAGUUUGUGAUGCAGCUUUCUUCAGCUUGUAUUUCUAGGGUAUUUCACAAGUUCUCAUGUUUCAAAUGCCACUCCGAUGGUUUUCCUCCUAUUAUUAAUCACGUUGGCGUACUGAAAAUUAAGAGGCAAGGGCAAGGGCAAGGGCAAGGGCAAGGGCAAGCUACCCUGGACAGGGACAGCUUUCGGAGUAAAACAGGCCAACCGCAGAGGUAGAGUAGUGAAGUUUAAACAGAAACAAAAGAAGCAGUCAGCAGGCCCGCGUCAGAAGAAUACGGAGUGAAGCAAAGCAGAUGGAGAAAACACUGAAACCAUGGAUUCAGUUUUUUGUAUUGCUCUCGUUUAUAACGUCUACAACCUUCUUCCAUAGAGCCCUUGCAGAUGGCGUCACUCCUCUUGAAGCCAAAGUCCUCCGCGACGAGGUUCGUGAAAUGUUCUAUCACGCUUUUAAUGGAUACAUGGAGAAUGCUUUUCCCCUUGAUGAAUUAAGACCUUUAUCAUGUGAAGGAGAAGAUUCUCUUGGUGGUUAUGCCUUGACUCUGAUUGACUCCUUGGACACAUUGGCUCUUCUUGGUGAUCGAGAUCGCUUCACUUCCUCCAUUGAUUGGAUUGAUAAAAAUCUUCGGUUUGAUAUAAAUAAAACAGUAUCUAUCUUUGAGACAACCAUCCGAGUCCUUGGAGGUUUGCUCUCUGCUCAUCUAAUUGCAAGCGAUUAUUCUACGGGUAUGGGAAUUCCAUCCUAUGAAAAUCAAUUGCUUCACUUAGCCGAGGAUUUGGCUUGGAGAUUGCUGCCAGCAUUUGACACUCCAACAGGAAUUCCAUUUGGGUCUGUUAAUCUGCUGCAUGGAGUUGAUGAACAUGAAAGCAAGAUAACAUCAACUGCUGGUGGGGGGACUUUGACCUUGGAAUUCGGGGUGCUUAGCCGACUAACAAACAAUCCUAUUUUUGAACAAGUUACCAAGAAUGCUGUGCGCGGAUUAUGGGCACGUCGUUCGAGACUUAACCUAGUUGGUGCUCAUAUCAAUGUAUUUACAGGUGAAUGGACACAAAAGGAUGCCGGAAUAGGAACAAGUAUUGACUCUUUCUAUGAGUACCUCUUAAAGGCGUAUUUGUUAUUUGGAGACGAGGAGUAUUUGUUCAUUUUCCAAGAAGCUUAUGCAGCUGCUAUGCAAUAUCUUUUUAGUGAUCCUUGGUAUGUAGAGGUAAAUAUGGAUUCUGGUGCUAUUGUCUGGCCAUUAUUUAAUAGUCUGCAGGCAUUCUGGCCAGGCCUUCAGGUCUUAGCUGGAGAUAUUGAUCCUGCCAUUCGAACACAUGCUGCCUUCUUGAGUGUCUGGAGAAAAUAUGGUUUCACUCCAGAAGGUUUUAAUCUUGCUACUCUAAGCGUUCAGCAUGGGCAGAAGAGUUAUCCACUCCGUCCAGAGUUAAUAGAGAGCACAUAUUGGCUUUACAAAGCUACCAGAGAUUCCAGAUAUCUUGACGCUGGGAGGGACAUGGUUGCAAGCUUGCAAUAUGGAGCUCGUUGCCCUUGUGGAUAUUGUCACAUAACAGAUGUGGAAUUUCACAAGAAAGAAGAUCAUAUGGAGAGCUUUUUCCUUGCUGAAACAGUCAAGUACCUAUGGCUACUUUUUGAUUUGGCUUCAGGUCCAGAUAACCUCGUAGAAAAUGGGCCAUACAAGUAUAUCUUUAGCACUGAAGGACACUUAUUGCCUGCAAUGCCUCAAAUAUCUCUUUUAGGGGAACACUGUUCAUAUUUUGGUGCUUACUGUGAAAGUGAUGACAUCAAACAGGAAUCUCCUAAAUCCAGUAUCUCUGUGAAUUCCCAUGAAAUUAAUGCUAGUACAUUCUAUGGUGGUCAAGUUCACCCUCGGUAUCCAUUAGAUUCCACUUUUUUUGAGUCAACUGCCACGUCAGGGUUGAUGAAGGGGAUUUGCCCCGGAUUAACUCAUGGACAAAAAUAUGGCAUAUCAUAUCUGGAACCUACGGGUACUUCUCUGGAGGAUGUGUCCACACACCAAAGGGAGAAUGUGGUUAAGAGCAACUCUCUGGUGGUUGUUACUGAUCAGAAUGCUGAUAGUUCUCCUUCUAAGAACGAUCAGAAUCAGACUGUUUAGAAAAAAAAUCAACUGAUAGCAGGCGGCAGUGAUCCAUCUCAAGCAUGACGAUGGCCUCCACGCAUGAGUUUGUUGUAGCUUUAGUAUUUGGUUAGAGGAUGCAUCUAAAGAAUCCUGAAGCUACAUUAUUCACAUCCAACUAGCUUUUGCUGAAAGAUCAGGUCCAGCAGGCAUUUUCUGACAGUCGAACUGAUUUCAGUUUGUUAUUGAAGCAUAACAAUCAAUUGGUCUCUGUACCUGGGAAAACCGGAUGUUUUGUUCAUCUUUUCCUAGCAGCAGUUGUUGAUGCACAGUGGAGCUCGAGAAUAGAAACAUAACAGAAAAUUGAAGCGGGAUUACAGAAUUACUGAUCAUACUGCCUCAACACCAUGGCAGGAGUUGUAUACUUGAUUAUUUUUGGCGUUUGUAACUUCCAACAUGAUUUACCGCCCUCCUGUAAAAUGUACUAGUAGUCAUAGCAAAUUCCAAAAGUCGAUUGUAUUGGUUAGCAAAUCUUAAUUAUCUCAGGGUUAGUGAAAUUCAUGAAUGAAGUACAAAAGAUCGCAGAGAUUCAACCAUCCA